AUGAAGUACACGGCUCAUCUGACACGAACGUCCCAAACGUGCCCUAGUUAUGGUGUUGCCGGAGCGGCUCGAUCUUAUUACUACCACCUUUAUUUCCUCUAUUUCCUCUAUUUCCUCUAUUUCCUCUAUUUCCUCUACUUCCUCUAUUUCCUCUACUUCCUCUACUUCCUCUACUUCCUCUACUUCCUCUACUUCCUCUACUUCCUCUACUUCCUCUACUUCCUCUACUUCCUCUACUUCCUCUACUUCCUCUACUUCCUCUACUUCCUCUACUUCCUCUACUUCCUCUACUUCCUCUACUUCCUCUACUUCCUCUACUUCCUCUACUUCCUCUACUUCCUCUACUUCUACUACUACCUACUUCUGUUACUCCUCCUAUUGGUUAUACUUGUCGUUAUCAGAAGAAGCAUUCUAGUUCUAAAAUCCUACUUGGGUACUGGCGCUAUGCGCACCACAGCCUCGCCUGCCGUAAAUUUGGUACUUCCUCAAUUUACACAUCCAGCUGGAGCCUGGGCCAGCGGCAGGCUUACUUUGCCUCUUAGGUACUAG